AUGAAAGAAACCUUCGUGAAUGUCAUCGGAGACAAAGUGUAUCUAUCAAUAUUUUUAAAAUUUAUCUUUGUUUUCUGGCAAUCUAUCUAUCUAUCUAUCUAUCUAUCUAUCUAUCUAUCUAUCUAUCUAUUCAUUUAUACCUACUUUUUGGCUAUCUACCAUGAUCUGUUUAUUAUAUAUCUAUCUAAUUGUAUAUCUAUCAUGAUUUGUUCAUUAUCUAUCUAUCUAUCUAUCUAUCUAUCUAUCUAUCUAUCUAUCUAUCUAUCUAUCUUUCCCAUCCUUCACAUCUAUCCUAUCUAUCUAUUUCUAUCUAUCUAUCAUCUAUCUGUUCAUCUAUCUCAAAGCUAUCUCAUCUUUUGCUUUUAUCUAUCUAUCUAUCUAUCUAUCUAUCUAUCUAUCUAUCUAUCUAUCUAUCUAUCUAUCUUUCCCAGGCCCUUCACAUCUAUCUAUCUAUCUAUCUAUCUAUCUAUCUAUCUAUCUAUCUAUCCCAGUCCCUUAACAUCUAUCUAUCUAUCUAUCUAUCUAUCUAUCUAUCCAGUCCCUUCACAUCAUCUAUCUAUCUAUCUAUCUAUCUAUCUAUCUAUCUCUAUCUCAUCUCAUCUUUGCUUUUAUCUAUCUAUCUAUCUAUCUAUCUAUCUAUCAUCUAUCUAUCCCAGUCCCUUAACAUCUAUCAUCUAUCUAUCUAUCUAUCAUCUAUCUAUCUAUCUAUCUAUCUAUCUUCCCACUAAGUCUCUUUGCUUUUUAUCUUUUCAUUUUAUUCAUCUAUCUAUCUAUUAUCUAUCUAUCAUCUAUCUAUCUAUCUAUCUAUCCCAGUCCCUUAACAUCUAUCUAUCUAUCAUCUAUCUAUCUAUCCCAUCUCCCUAUCUAUCCCAGUCCCUUCAUCUAUCUAUCUAUCUUCUAUCUAUCUAUCUAUCUAUCUAUCUAUCUAUCUCAAAGCUAAGUCUCAUCUAUCUAUCCCAUCUAUCCUAUCUAUCUAUCAUCUAUCUAUCUAUCUUUCCCAUCUAUCUAUCCAUCUAUCUAUCUAUCAUUCAUCUAUCUAUCUAUCUAUUCAUCUAUCUCAUCUAA